AUGGAGCGGCUUAAAGGAAAACGUGGAGUCAAACGGGAGCAAACCACAAGGCUCAUCAGCGAGGCGUCGGCGGGACUGGAGACAGCGGAUCUGGCCACGGUGACUGCCUGGCGAGAACGAAUCAACGCAUGCAACCAGACGCUUCGGUCUCUAAAUGCAGAGAUCGAGGACCAAGUGCCACUAGAGGAUCUCGUCGCGGAAUACACGACUGUAUCCGAAUACGACGACGAGGCCACCCGAGUUCUAGCGGUGCUAGGCUGCAAGAUCGCAUCGCUACGACAAAGGGAACUGCCAACGCCGACGCCCUUGAACGAGACCACAUCGGCGACAGCUUCAUUCAGUGGUGCUGUUCACAGCAACGACAGCAUCACACGAUCGGAAAAGUUCCACUACCUUCGCACACUCGUCACCGGACCAGCUGCUGCCGCAAUCGCAGGACUUCAGGCCACGGAGGCCUGCUACGACGAUGCCAUCCACAUCCUGACGCAGCGGUUCGGCGACAGACGAAGAAUUGAGCAAGACCACUUGGCGAAGCUCCGAUCUCUGCCGCCGGUGGCGUCCGCGAAGGACACAAGGGGACUUAGGAGGAUCUACGACCAUGUGCAGACCAACAUCCGAGGGCUAAGAGGUCUCGGCGUGGGAUCGUCGACGUACUGCACAAUGAUGUCGGACAUUCUUCUCAGGGCCCUGCCGAAAGAGAUUGUGCUGGACUACCACAGGUGGCAGUCGGGCAACACCGCCUACAGGGCGUCCGGGACGUCGGAGAGAGAUCCAACGUCGCCGAAUGCAACAGGACAAGACGCCGGCCGCUCGAUCGACUCGCUGUCCUCUGCACGGAUCUGUCCCUCGCCGUUGCAAUCCGCCGAUGCCGAAGGUGAGCUCGCCGAGAUUCUUGGGUUUCUUCGUGUCGAGGUCGAGAGCAGAGAGAGAGCCGGUGUCGUGGCCGAGCGGUAUGACCCACCGCGGAAGACUGGGAUCGAUGGAUCAGGAAUGCCAGCUGCGGCACUGUUACACACAGGCAUCACUGGCCAGUGCUUCUUUUGCGGCUCAUCCAAGCAUUCGGCGGAAUUAUGCACUUGCGAUCUCAAACUCGAUCAAAAGAAAAGAAAGCUGACAGAGGGCUCCCGGUGCUUCCGAUGCACACUGGGGGGGCACCGAGCAAGAGAGUGUCGGCGGAAAGUGUCAUGCGCGGGAUGUUCAGGUCGGCAUGCUACGUCAAUGUGUGACCCCGACUGGAAUCCCGCGCUGAGAAAACCGGAUCGAGAUGCCCCGCUGACUAGCGUCCAAAGUGCUGCCGCCGAUCUAUUGGAUUCCGAGGUCCUGCUCCAGACGUUCCGGGCCUGGGCUGUAGAGGGGGAACGACGCGGCUACGUGCGGGCCAUCGUCGACGGAGGCAGCCAACGCACUUUUAUCCGAGAAGAUGUUUCGCGCAAGCUCGGCCUCAAGGUUCUUGGAGAAACCAGCCUCCGACUGAAUACGUUCGGCCACUGCUCGACACGACCACAACGGCGACAACUGGUCGAGGUACGACUGCGCAGUCAGUACGGCCAAGAAGAAUGCGUUGUCGAGGCUGUCGAGGUACCCUUCAUUUGCAAGGAUGUCGUUCGGGUACCCGCCGACCACGUGUUUGUUCGCCGAGUGGAGGAAGACGGACGCCGCAUUGCGGAUGCGCUCCUGUUUCCUGGGGUUCCGGCGGAGGAAGGCAUAUCUCUGCUAGUCGGAUCCGAUCAGCUGUGGAGGGUCACCGGAGACCAAGUGCUGCGGUGCGAAGAAAAUCAAAAACUGGUCGCCAUCAGCACCAUUUUUGGGUGGACCUUUCAGGGCCCCGUGUCUCACCACAGCUCUCUCAGCGGCAACGCCAACAGCAUGGUAUGCGUUUUGAGGGUCGGACCCGCGGAGAAGGAGGACGUCGGAGACGUGCUGCGGGGUUUUUGGGAGCUGGAGAGCAUCGGCAUCGCUGAUCGGCCAUGCAGCAAGACAGAGGAGCACAACGAGGUACUGACCGAGUUCAACGAGACAAUCAAGAAAGUUGAUGGACGGUACGAGGUAGGCUUGCCAUGGAAAGCCAGCACCGGAAACCUGAAAGACAACCGCACGCUGGCGUUGAAACGUCUCGGAGGUUUGACGAAAAGACUUUCACGGAAUGAGUCCCUCUCGAUUGAGUAUGACAACGCCAUCGGCAGGCGACCGACUACCUUGCCGUCAAAAAGCCUGGACCGAAUAGGAGAGUCAACAAAGGGUGAACUCUCCAGACGUUGGCGGCAUCGUCAAAAAGUAAUGGACAGUUUUUGGAGAAGGUGGAAAAAAGAGUAUCUGCUGCAAUUACGCUCAGCGCACCAAUCGACAGAGACGCAGAUCAACAGCCUGAAAGACGGAGAUGUGGUCUUGGUGCAUGAGGAAAAAGCACCGCGAAUACAGUGGAAAGUGGGGCGAAUUGCAAGCAGUGAAAAUUACUUUGCUAGUCAGCGCGCCAACUUUGAGAGGAGCCACAUAUUUUAUAAAGACAACCCGAAUGGCUGUUCCGGACGUGCCAUCUGGUACGUUGUAAUUUCGAGUAAAAACGAAGCAAUGUAA